CUCUCUCUUUCCCUUUUUCAUUAUAUUUAUCAUUUCAUCAUUCUUCUUCAAAAACUUCAAACAAACAAAGAAAAUUCAUUCUCCAAAUUGUUCUAACUCGGACGAGUCAACUAAGAGUCAACCCGAUUCAUCCAUGGAGGGCAUAAGGGAAAAUGAAGAGUGGACGGAUGAGAAACACAGCAUGUAUAUAAAGUCUAUAGAAGCAUCUUUUGUUAAUGACUUAUAUGAUUCCAAGCAAACAGGGUCUUCUUUUUCCAGCAAAGUAAAACCCAACCAAUCUUCCACUGGCCAGUUCAAGGUUCUUCGCGGCGGUUGUUGGCAAAAGAUGAAUUUUGAGAGAGAGAAUUCUCAAAUGAGUGAGAGAGACAAUUCUCAAAUGAGUAGAGUCAACCAACACCAUGAUUUAAUAGCAAAUCCAUGGAUUCAACACUACAGAUCUUCAAGCAAACAAGAAAGUGCAAUAGCUGCAUCCCCUAUAACUCAACAAGUUGUUAGUUUCAGCCAAAAGAAGAAAAAUUCCUCAAAAGCAGGACAAUUUCAUAUGACUGAAUCUCAAUUUUAUCAUCAAAAUAUGCUUUACAGUGAUACAGAAGUGUCGGAUCAAAACUUCGUUGACGAAGAAGUGAAAUGUGAAAAGAAAAUCACAAGCAAUGCGAAAAGACGAAAAUCUUUUGAUUGUUGAUGCAAAAGACAAUGAUCUGAUGGUUCCUAUGAGCAAAUCUAAAUCUUCUUCCAUUGGAGAUGUUAACAAGAAUUGUAUUUCUACAGCAUAAAGUAUGAAUGAGGGAAUAUCAUAAAUGUGAUGGUUCUGAUCUGAACGAAACGUUCUUAGGCAGAGCAACAAGAAGAGGAGUUGGCAAAUAUUACAUAAGCUAAUGAUUUGAAAUGACUUAUAAUUGGAAACUUAAGAUUAAAACUCUUUGUAUGUGUAUGUCUGUGAGUAUGUAUAAGUGUACUAGUAAACUGAUACUUUGGUUCUUAAAAAUUUGAUUGAGGCCUUAUUAUCACUACGCUACGUAAAUGUAUCAAAAUUUCAAACA